GAGGCAACCAGCGAAAACAAUCGGAGCGACAGCAUCAGCUCUGCCUUGGGUCACUGGCGGCAAGCGGGGUACUUCGUACCGAGUAGUUAUGGGUGCUGUGGACCUGCCUGUUACGCAUUGAUGUUAUGUCAAACUUUUUCCCUGUCUUCCUGCGGCGCAUGAAUCGUGGAGUUUAUAUAGGGUUCAACAACUCCCCCUCCCGUCGUCCCACGGCUUUCCUUCCCAUCGCAUUCCUCCCGGUCUUUCCUCUUCACAUCUCGACCCAUCCUGAGGUAGUAUUUUGUUACUCCUCUUCCUUUGUUGCAAGUUUGAUUCCUGUUUUGCGACCGAAUCAACUAGCAUUUCUUUUUUGAGCGUGUCAUCUUUUGCACUACAAAAGACUGUCAAUACCCGGCUACCAGGCUGAAUUUAUAUACGAAAC